UUCAAAGAAACAUACAAUGGCCUUUUGCAAAGUUUAUAUCCUUUCUCUCCUAUUGUCAGGCAUAUUUCUGUUGGGAAUUGACGUGGAAUAUGGAAAUGCACAAAAGAUGUGUCUCCAGGUUUGUGACAAUGAAGUUGCUUACAUGACUUGCCCCUCUUCAGGAGAUGAGAAAAUUAGUGAAGUAUGCGUCAACUGUUGCACAGCAGAUGAAGGCUGUAAAUUGUUCCGCGCCGAUGGAUCGUUAAUUUGUACCGGAACCCCUGAAUAAUAUAUUCAUCCUCCUCAAAAUGUAACCAUUAAAAUAUGUAUUAUUGGUUACUAUAUACUUGUGUGUAUUAAUAAGGCCCGAGUUAUUUUACUCUGGUGGUUUCUAAUAACUGAUGCAUAU